CCUUCCUUUUCCUUAAAGAGAUUGUUAGGAACCUUCAACGAAGUUCAAGAAAUGCAGAGCUUCAAACCAGUUCCAACGAACCCAGAAUUGUAUUCACACUCUUCUUUCUAUUUCAGAGGAGAUGACACCCAAACGCGUUUUGCGGAUCUUGGAGAGCUUGAUCAUUCCGCUAUUGUGUUUCCUCAAGACGAUGCUCUUGAUUUAAGCUCAAGCUCUAUCUUCAGCUUAAAAGCAAACCACAACAACAACGUUGCUGUUGUACCUAAUACUUUGCACUAUGCGACCUUCAACACGAGCCCGGGGUGCUUGGACAUAGGCUCAACCCUGUCGGGAACAGGGGGAGAGCAGCCGUACAUGUACCACCAUCACAAAGGAACGACGUCGUCUGGAAACAACGGCCACUUUGAGAACUGGGGUGAUUCGGCUAUGGCGGAGCACAGUCAGCAGACUGACACCUCUACAGAUAUCGACACCGAAGACAAGAACCUUCUUCGUGGAGCUCAGCAUGGAGCACUAGUAGUAGUGGAUUCCAAUUCCAUAGAGCAGGCCAAUGGAAGAACAAGUGACCAAAAGUCACUACGUCGCUUGGCUCAGAAUCGAGAAGCAGCUAGGAAGAGUCGACUUAGGAAGAAAGCAUAUGUCCAGCAAUUGGAGAAUAGUAGACUCAAGCUUUCGCAACUUGAGCAAGAGCUGCAACGAGCGCGCCAGCAGGGUAUGUUUGUUGGACCGUCAGGGGAUCAAGGUCACUCUGUGGGGGGAAGUGGGGCAUUAAUUUUUGAUUUUGAGUAUGCACGCUGGCUUGAUGAACAUCAGCGCCUAAUACAUGAGCUGCGAUCGGCUGUAAAUUCUCAUCUGGUAGAUAAUGGAUUGCGAGUUCAUGUUGAUAGUGUUAUGACACACUAUGAUGAGAUAUUCAGGUUAAAGAGUGUUGCCGCCAAGGCUGAUGUAUUCCAUAUGCUCUCUGGCAUGUGGAAGACACCUGCCGAAAGGUGUUUUAUGUGGUUGGGUGGAUUUCGCUCCUCUGAACUUCUCAAGAUACUUGGGAAUCAACUUGAGCCUUUAACAGAUCAGCAGUUGAUGGGGAUAUGCAAUCUACAACAAUCUUCUCAACAGACUGAAGAUGCCUUAUCACAGGGGAUGGAAGCUUUGCAACAAUCGCUUGUAGACACACUGUCCUCCAGUGCUCAUGGCUCUACUGGUUCUGCAGAUGUUGCCGAUUACAUGGGGCAGAUGGCAGUUGCUAUGGGCAAGCUUGGCACACUGCAGAACUUCCUUAUCCAGGCUGACUUGUUGAGGCAGCAAACUCUGCAACAAUUGUAUCGAAUUCUGACCACUCGGCAAGCUGCUCGUGCUCUUCUUGUUAUCAACGAUUACUUCUCGCGUCUCAGAGCACUUAGUUCUUUGUGGAUGGCCCGUCCUAGGGACUAAUAGUUUCGCUUUCAGUUCAACUUGGCCUCAGGAUUUACAUAAAGGGAUGAUGGUUAGUAGUACCUCUGUAGUAUUAGUAAAUCAGCUUAGUAGUGCUGAGACCAUGAAGAUGGCUACUCGUCAAAAUGCAGACUCAGCUAUGAAGCCCCCUUUUUUAUUAUGCUUCAUUUGGCAUUUGUAGAAUCUAGUAACGGCUGAUUUGGUGGUCCUCCAACAUGUAAAUUAAUUUAAGAAUGUC